AUGACCAUUUACAGAAACACCCCGUUGUUCGGAGGCGCGCUGUCGGUCGAGCUGCCCGACAACUUUGCCGAUGUCAGCAAGUUGCGCCAGGUGCCCGACAACCAGGAGGUCUAUAUCGACAAGGACGGCUUCACGAGCAUCAUCUUUGAGAUAUGCGAGCGGGUCGGUCCCUCGGGAAGCAGCGCCGAGAUCGACGGGAGGGCGCUCACCACACACCUCGAGGACCUCGUCGGCUCCGACGUCGAGACGACCAAGGUCUGGAACACCACGGACACGCAGUUCUCUCGUCUCGAUGAAGACAUUCCUGCCUACACCUUGAUAGCCACGCAGACCCCCAAGCCCGACCCGGGCAAGGACGCGACGUCUUCGCCCGACUUCACAGCCAUCAUCCUGACGCUGCUACGCCUCGAGAAGGAGUCGACUGACAUCCUGGUCACCAUCAACGUCCCGCACAUCAAGGGCGAGUACGAUGAGGAGGAGGUGGACCUGGAGCUGGGCAAGCAAGGACAACUCAUCGGGGACGCCGUCGAGUUCGCGGCAAAGAUCUGGGACACUUUCCGCGUCAACGAUUGGAAUCUUUUCAACGAGGUCUGA